GAACAUGUCUUCAGUUCAUGGAAAUAUGCGAGUUGGGGAUCUGAAUCAUUUCCAGAUGUAUCACGAGGGACCUUUGCAGACCAACAGCCUGGUGAACUCAGAUUAUGGAGCUCCCGAUGUUACAAACUACUUUAGCUCCACGAACUCUGCGCCGAGGGCAGAUAAAUGCGUGGCAAUACUGACCCACAGGAGAAAGAGGACUAACUUCACCCAGCAGCAAAUUGAGGUGCUGGAGAAAGUUUACUCGGAUACUAAAUAUCCUGACAUCUACCUGCGGGAGAGACUGGAGGCUCUGACCGGGCUUCCCGAGUCUAGAAUUCAGGUGUGGUUUCAGAACAGAAGGGCCAAGUCUCGUCGCCAGGUUGGCUCCUCAGUGUCCAUGAAGGUCCCCACACCGCCAGCAGCUAGCAAAUUCAGCCAGCUCCAGAGCAGGAUGGGUCCAGAGAAAGUCUAUGACAACAAUCAUGGAAGCGAGGCACACAGGAUAGGAGGUUUUGGACUGGAGGACAGUUUCCGACCUACGAUGCACCAAAGCACGGGUGACGCUCACAGAGCCAGUAUGCCUCCCAAAUCCAGCAGCUACGAGCACACGCCGGUCUCCUGCAUCUUUGACAAGGAGGGGGCGAGAGUAAAGCCUGAGCAGAUGCAACGGCUCGAAAUGAGCGUCAACGUGCCGUGCUGCAACGUCCAUCUGUAUCCCAAAGAGAAUGAGCAUCAGCCCAAGAUGGAAGCCAACAUGCCCGCCAACCAGGACCCGAAGGUUCUAGUGGAAUAUGACAACUUCCCUCCGAACAAAACCAUUGGACCAGAGAUGAAAGUUGUGAUUCCUCCCAUUCCCCCCCAUAACUUCAGCAGGUCAUCGCCAAAGGAUAAUGGAUGCCAAAUCCCAUAUCCAUGCGUGAGGGUCGCAGGAGACCAGUUCAGCCACUUCUCCCCGAUCCAUGCCACCGAGGCGCAGGACUUUACCGACUCAGACUCGGACUGGGACAGCGAGGCCCUGGCGGGCUUUAGUGGCUUUAUGUGAUGUAUAGUAAGAGCUGAUAUAAAGCUCUGUGUAUAAUAAGAGGCAGUAUACAAUUGUUUGCGACAAAGGAAAAAAUGUAUUUAUUGUAAAAUAGUAAUAAAACUGUUGAUUGUAAAGAAAAGAACUGUUGAUUGGUUAUAUCUGUUAAUAAA